UCUCUGUAGAAUUUCGGGAGAAGGGAGGAGUACUAUCUGUCACUUUGAGUGAAAAUAACGUAUAGUAGGCUAAUUGGGAUAUUUAUUGGCAGAUACGUCACUUAUUUAAGAUAGCUGAUUCCAACUUUUCAUGCAAAGAGCCCCAGCUGACUGGGUGAAGGGCUAAAGCGGGAGAGGGCAACUAAAGGGAUUAUUGUGCGUCAGUUGGAGAGGAAAUCUCUCUUCCCAGUGCUGACUGCUCAAAAUAAGUCCAGGGUUUCUACAUUUGGAAGCAGUACAUCAGACCCGUUUGUGUUGCUACUUUGACUAUAUUUUAUCAAGAUGAUUUUACAAAAAGAUGGCAUCACUUGUUGUGACUUCUCAACAAGACUGGGAGUUUACAUGGAUUUUAGCUGAUGCCAUGACAGAACAUUGGUUGGCGUCUUCCAACCUGGACAUGUACAGCAACUUUACAGCAAUUAGGAAUUUGUGGGAGACUUGGAAAUGUUUAACCCUCCUGUUGUUAAAAAAACUGUGGUUUGCAGCAACCUUAUGUAUCUACCUCCACUGAACUUGAGGAUAUUGACAAGAUGUUUGACAUAGGAUUGCCAGCAACUGGCCUGAAAUGUGGCUGCCAAAUGACACGCUGUAAAGUCUAGGUUACUGUAGAGAUGUCCUGGCAUCCCACUGCAAUUCAAACAGGUGAGUGGGUGCCGGGUAAGAUUAAAUGGUUUUAAUAACGGAGAAAGAAAGUGAAGUUGGAAAACUUCAAGAGAAUGGAGUUGCCAGAGGUAUGGGACCAGGAAAAAUUGAACUUGGGACCGACAAAACAAAUAUGGACACACCUCUCGUGUCUUUCACUGAGGCCGACAAGGACUGUGAAGAUGAUGAGGAACCGGGGGAAUAUGACGGAGCCGAAAUUGAUUACACACGGAAUUACUGGGAAGAUGAGGACGAUAUUUACCAGGAGUUUGAGGAAUUGGACUUUGAAGCUUUGUCAGAUAACUCGGACACCAGGAGCAUUGCAUCUGACGAUUCCUUCUACCCGCUUGACACUUCAGUGGGAUCUGACGGUUUACGUUCCCCGUGUCGUGAGAGCCCAGAGCCAAUCUCUUUCUUUAAGGCCUGCUGCAAUAACAACACCAUCAUCGUCAAGAUCAUGAUUAGACAAGGACUGACUGAGGAGGAAGUUCAGGAGACAGACAGAAACCGAAGAUCUGCAUUGAUUGUGGCGUGUUAUCACGGAUAUGUGGACGUGGUCAUCGCCCUAGCUCAGUGUCCUUAUCUUGAUGUCAACUGGCAGGAUAAUGAGGGUAACACUGCCCUUAUUACAGCUGCACAAGCAGGCCAUGUGUUCAUCUCUCAUUACCUGCUGAACUACUACCCUGGACUGGAUAUUGAGAGGAGAAACUGUCAUGGUUUCACAGCUUUAAUGAAGGCUGCAAUGCAGGGUCGAGCUGACACUUGUAGAGCACUCAUGCUGGCUGGAGGUGAUGUACAAGCCAGGGACAACGGUCGCAUGAUGACCCCACGGGAGUGGGCUCUCUUUACUGGCCGCUAUGAAACUGCUCAGAUGAUGCAUCAAGUCUUGUUGAGGCCGUGUGCAGAGCAGUUCUGUGACUCAUUCAACAUGGAGUGGCCCAUGCUGGAGGAUCUGGUUGCCAAGGCCGAAGAACCAAAGCCCUGCUGGAAGCGUUUUAUCAACCUUCUGUCCUGUUGCCCUUAUAUAUUUUACCUUAACAACAAGGUCAACCCUGUGGAUGAUGGUGUACUAGAGCACAUGGUCCGGAUCACUACUAGCCUCGGCAGUCCAUUCAUUGCAACGGCCUGCCGGACCGUGUGUCCAGGAAGUCCUCCGUGCAUUGGGAAACGACGCUACGCAGUACAAGAAAUUCUCAGGAGGCAACGGUUGGCUGAGCUGAAACACCUCGGCCCAGAAAGGCUCAACACCUACAAGAAAUUCUUUCAGAACUCAAGGGUGCUCCUCAUCCCCAAGGCGAGGGAUCGGCGGGCUAGCCUACAGCCUCAGCUGCUGAACGACAUGGCUGUUGCAUCCACAGUGGCCAUAAGGCGGGCGAGUCUGCUCCCUCUUCAUUUGCUGAGGCGGAGUAGUGUGCGACCAGGUAUUGUGAUACCAAAAGUCAGACUCUGCAAGGCCCCAGCACCAAGUUUUAAACCAGAAAAGCUCAAACGGAGUAAUAACUAUAACCAGCUCCAAAUUCCAAAGUGGGAUUACAAGAUGAAGCGGGUAGAAAGAAAGAGGGAGGAACGACUGUUACCGCCGACAAGGCGAAGAUGAGAAAGCAGCCAAUCGCAUUAUGAGAUCACUCGCUGCAACCAGGCACUGAUAUGUUGGUGGUUUACUCAAUGGACUUCCAUGAAUACUGUGGGUUUGAAAGUUCCCGGCAUGCACACUGAGACUGACUCAACGGUGAGUCGACCUUCACCCAAAGUCAGAUGGGAUCAACUCCAGCUGACCAUUGACCCUGUAGAGGAUAAAAGGUCACAAAUAGGGAGGGAAAAAUGGACUUCAAAUCACCAAGUAUGGCAAAAACAUUUGAUGUUCUGAAACUGUGGAUGAACUGGACUGUCAACCUGUAGAAGUGAAAGUCUUCUGCUUGCUAUGAUGGUUAACUUUGGAUUAAUUGCCUUUUUGCUAAUAGACCUGUCACAGUAAUUUUUAUAUCAAAUUAUUGUUCAGUAUAUAAAAUGGCCAACAAUAGUUUUCCAGGUGGCAAUGAAUUACAUGUCAUCAAAAUGAAGUGAUUAUAGGACCAUUAUUGCUGAUGCUCUGCAAUAUUUAGCAGAUGGCUCACUAAAUCACUAAAUCAUAUUUUUCUAUAUGAUUAAUUUAUAUGGUAAUCUUUAAUAUUAUGCCAGCAAGGUGAAAAACAAAACAAAACAAUACUAUUUUUAUCUUGAUAGUUUCUUGGAAAAUAUAUCAUCCUAAGAAAUUGUUACCGUGACAGGUCUCGUUGCUACUAAAUGUGUUCACUAAAUGUAUUCACAUUGUUUUCUCUGCCUCACAUACUAUAUGAUAUCAUACCACAGAUUAAAAUGUAAUGACCAUGUUCUUCAUUGCUGUAUGACUGCACUUGGUGCUGUUGUUUCAAACUGAGCAUGGCCAUUAUGCACUCCACGGAAAUAAAAGCUCAAAUACUGCAAAUCUGGCCAUCAUUGUUAGGUUCAGGGACUGGUAGGCGAGGAACAAGGUGUGACCCAAGUGCUCAGAAGGCCAGGCAAAGGAGUGGUAAGCUCAAAAUGUUUUGAUAUUGAAAAAUCCCCAAAGCAAACAAAGAUUCAAGAAGCAAACAUAACACUGGCUAUCAAAAGCAACUUACCAACAGGAACAAGGCUUUGACGUGGGCACAGGUACACACAUCUAACAUCAACAAUAAUGCAACAAGGAAUGAACAUAGGGAGCUUAACUACACAGAAAUGGGGUAGCAAGAAGAUGAGGAAAAGGUAGGUGACACGAUAGGCGUCUGAUUGGUAGAUAGACAAGGAGCAGACACAAACAGGUGAACUGACAGUGCUCACAACGACAAGACACACUAAGGCACAAACGUGAAUCAGCCCAACACAAACCAUGGCAAUCUGCAUGCAGCCUUUUGCUCAGGUUCAACGGCUCUUUUGUUUAUGUUAAAUGUUCUUUGUUUUUUACGGUAUUGUGCUUCAGAAAAGCCUCACAAAACAAACAUUUUAUAUAAGACCCAAUGUGUCUGUGACUCUGGCAGUGCAAUUUAUUACAUCUCUCUGUGAUG